UCAGCUGUGUCCAAUCACAGCUGAUCACAUCUGUCACGCUGACAGCUCGAGAGGAGAGGAGAGCCGGUAAUCACUGAUGAUCAGUGCGCCCUGAUAAUCAGUGUGGCCCCAGAAGUGCCACCUGUCAGUGCCCAUCAGUGCCACGUGCCGGUGCCCAUCAGUGCCACGUGCCAGUGCCCAUCAGUGCCACAUCAAUGCCACAUAUCAGUGCAUACCAGUGCACAUCAAUGCCACAUAUCAGUGCCCAUCUGAGCUGCCUUUCAAUGUCACCCAUCAGUGCCAGUCAGUGCCACCUAUCAAUGCCAAUCAGUGCCACCCAUCAGUGCCAGUCAGUGCCGCCUAUCAGUGUCGCCUAUCAGUGCCAGUCAGUGCUGCCUAUAAGUGCCAGUCAGUGCCACCUAUCA